UUAUUUUAAUUUUUAAAUCACUAAUACGCUCCAGCAGCGUACACCGACGCACAAGGCAAGCGCUGUUGAGAAGAGUUUCUCUCUCUUUCUUUCUACUUUCUCUUUCUGCUACAACCCGACGACACACUCCGCGCUGGCAAAGAUUCCCUCUUUGUCUUCCUUUGCUUUGCUUUCCUCUUCUUUCUUGCUGCAAACCUAAAGUUUUCCUGAGAAACAAUCACUAUAAUCAUGUUUUUUGUUUUCUUCAGCUAAAUCAGAUACUAAACCUUGUUGGGUCUUUUUUUUUUUUUUUUGUGGGUGGAAGUUUAUGGGAUGUUCUAGUUCUAAGUUGGAUGAUCUUCCGGCAGUUGCUCUUUGUCGGGAAAGAUGUACCUUUCUAGAUGAAGCGAUUCAGCAACGUUUUGCUUUAGCUGAAGCUCACGUAGCUUACACAGCUUCUUUGAAGUUAUUUGGUCAGUCUUUAAAUGCUUUCGUCGAGCAUGAUUUUGGAGCUUCUUCAGGGGCGUUGCCUCCUUCUCCUCCGUCGCCUAAUAAACUCAAAAGCAAAGCGGUGGAUCCAGUUGAAGUCGGGUCAAGUUCACCCAAAAAAGGUGCUAUUUCUCACCACCAUGCCCAUUCGAAUUCUGGGUCUCAUCUUCACUUCCAGUCAGAUUCAGACGAAGAUGACUCUGGCGGGUCUUUGCACCAUUCAGAUCAUUCUUCUCCGUUGCACGAAGCUGGGGGUGGUCAUAUAGACUAUAUAGACCCAAAUUAUCCCAAUUACGAAGCUCUUGAAACUGGAUCUUUUCAAGGUGGAUUUAUGCAUAUGAAUUUUAUGAAGAAGCAACCAACGCCGUCUAUCGUUUAUGAACAAAGGCCUAUGAAUCCAGACACAGUUUAUAUGGGCGAAUCUUCAUCUUCUUAUUUUCCUAGCUCUUAUGCUAGUAAUAAUAAUCCUAGUUCUAGUUCAUACCCUUAUACGGGUUACCAAAAUUACGAUGGUUUUAAUAAUUAUUCUUCUUACUCGGCGCCUGGUUAUGAGUCUUCACUGCAACCGUCAUCGACGGCGGCGGGGUCAUCCUCGAAACCGCCGCCGCCUCCACCAUCACCUCCGAGAGCUUCAGCUUGGGAUUUCUUGAACCCUUUCGAGAGUUUUGAGAACUUAUAUCGUCCAUAUACGCCGAGUAGGGAUUCGAGGGAGGUGAGAGAAGAGGAAGGGAUCCCUGAUUUGGAAGAUGAGGAUUAUCAACAUGAAGUGGUUAAAGAAGUGCACGGGGAUCAGAAAUUUGUUGAUAGCGGAGGAUAUUCGAAGUCCCCAGUUGAAGAUAAGGAUGGGAAAGUUGUUACUAGUGAAGCAGAGACGUCGCUCUAUCAGACCAGGCCGAGUGUUGGGAUGGAAAAUGAUGGGGUGGAAUAUGAGGUUCAUGUGGUGGAGAAGAAAGUUGUGGAUGAUGAGAGGCCUGAGGAGCGUGGUAACGGGGCGCGAGGCGCUCCAAGGGAUGUUUUUGAGGUGGUUAGAGAGAUACAGAUUCAGUUUGUGAGAGCUUCCGAGUCAGGGAGUGAAGUUGCCAAGUUGCUUGAGGUGGGAACGCUUCCUUAUCAGCGCAAACAUGUUUCCAAGAUGUUGCAUGUAGUUACUCCUUCAUUAUCCGUAGUAUCAUCUCAGCCAUCUACUUCUACGACUGCUGAGUCUUCAUCUUCGGCUGACAACACUGACCCAGCUUUUCUAGACUUUAAGGAAGAAUUGGCUAGGAAACCCAAAAGCCUUUCCUCUACUUUGCAGAAGUUGUAUCUUUGGGAAAAGAAGCUCUACAAUGAAGUGAAGGCCGAGGAGAAGAUGCGAGUAACUUACGAUGGGAAAUGCCGCAAGUUGAAGCGACUAGAUGAUAGGGGUGCUGAAGCUAACAAAGUUGAUUCAACCCGGAAUGUAAUUAGGGGCCUGUCCACAAAGAUAAGAAUUGCAUUUCAAGUUGUUGACAAGAUAUCUGUUACAAUUAAUAAGAUCAGGGAUGAGGAACUAUGGCCGCUGCUCAAUGAACUGAUUGAAGGGUUAAGCAGAAUGUGGAAAUGUAUGCUUGACUGCCAUCGUAGUCAGUGUCAGGUCAUUAGAGAAGCCAAAAAUUUAGGUUCCAUUGGAUCUGGAAAAAAGCUGAGUGAUGAUCAUCUUAAAGCCACAUUGCAGCUUGAGCAUGAACUUAUUAGUUGGACUAUAAGAUUUUCUAGUUGGAUAGGUGCCCAGAAGGGUUAUGUCAGGGCUUUGAAUAAUUGGCUUCUGAAAUGUCUUUACUAUGAGCCUGAAAUGACAGAUGAUGGAAUAGCUCCCUUCUCACCCAGUAGAGUAGGUGCACCCCCCAUAUUUGUAAUAUGUAAUCAGUGGUCACAAGCGAUAGAUAGGAUAUCUGAAAGGGAGGUGGUCGACUCUAUGCGCAUUUUCGCCAUGAGUGUGCUCCAGCUAUGGGAACAAGAUAAGUCUGAAAUGCAUCGGAGAAUGAUGGCCAAUAAAGAUUUGGAGAGAAGGGUAAGGAUUUUGGAUAGAGAGGAUCAAAAGUUACAGAAAGAGAUCCAAGCAUUGGAUAAGAAAAUUGUUUUGGUCUCUGGAGAUGGUAGUAGUCUCUUGGUAGCUGGACAUGUUGUGUAUCCGAGUGAGACUAGUAACAGUAGUUUGCAGGGGAGCUUGGAACGCAUUUUUGAGGCGAUGGAAAAGUUCACUGCUGAGUCCUUGAAAGCCUACGAGGAGCUUUUGCAACGUGGUAAAGAAAGGAUUGCUCAAGAGCAUGAGAGAGUUUCAUAGGGCCGUAAAGUGUGAUGAAAUUACAGGAUCCCCUUUGCAUUGAUGAUCUAGUUUACAGUAUGCAGUCUAUUGCCCUGUGAUAAAUGAAACUAAGUGGUGGGUUAGACGGGUGUUGUAACGUACAACUUGGCUGGUUGUGUCUGUUAGGGAAGACUUGGUUACAAGUCGGAUGAUGGGGAGAAUAAGAUGCAAGCAGGCCUUAAGCAUGGUUAAUGUUUGAGGCGAUAACUCAUCAUCUGCCUGUGACAAGAAUAUUUCCAGAUGGGCUAUGAUGCAUCAGUGGAGAUCAGGAGGGGCAAUUUGCUGGGUAUUGCGAAUUGCGAAGCCUUUCAACUGUCAAGCUUGCCAAGUGCCAGAGACGUUGAUUUUGCAUUUGCUCUUGGGGGUGGGAACAAACUAUUCAUGGUGUCUAAAAUCUCUUUCUAAGCGAAACUCAAUUGUUUUCUGUCAAAUAGUUGGCACCAUGCACCAGCCAAAAUCUGGCAUGCUUCUGCGAACGAAACCACCCAAUGCGGCCAAAACCAUUGGAGUAAGCAGAUUCUCCAUCAGUUUUGCAUGAUUUCAGAGUUUUAGAUUUCGGUUUGUGAGCAUUUUAGAGUGAUGCAAGUGACGGGAAUGCCCACAAAUCAAACGUUGUGUACUAUAUAAUGAAAUUUCUUUUCCAUUUUGAAUCAAAUUACAUCAAUUUUUGUACAGAAGACAGCUUCGAAACCAUUGCUAAUUCAAAGCAAACAUCAAUAAAGGAUGGUUUUAUGACGAGCCAAA